AUGAACAAUCCUCAAAAUGAAGGAAAGAUUUUAACAAAAAAACAAAAAAAGAAUAAACGUAGAAAUGGAAAACAAAUAUCUCCACUAAAAGAAGAAAGAAUGAAUUAUUUAUUUUCUAUUUCUUCAUUAAUGACACAAUUUCACCCUGUUACUGGACAACACUGUGGAUUGUCCAUUCGAAAUUUAGCUCAUAAAUAUGUUUCAAGAAUAUCUAAAACAUGGAAACGAAAGUAUUGUACAAAAUGUUGGAUGCCAUUAACUUAUUCAUCAUUUAAAACACAAUUAAUAAAUGGUAAAUAUUUUAUUGUAACACAUUGUUAUUGGUGUCAUUAUAGAAGAUUAUUCUAUUUACCAGAAGAUCCUAAUGAGUAA